UCCUUUAAAUGACUCUUUAAACUGCAGUUACUGUCAGGAUAUCAGAUGGCUGAAGACUCUGAGCGGCUGGCCGCGUCAGAAUUUAUCAAAGGGCGGCUGUACUUCGCCACACUCCGUGUCAAGCCAAAGAAUACAGCCACCACACACUACUUCAGCACGGAUGAGGAGUUUCUGUACGAGAGUUUCUAUGCAGACUUCGGGCCUCUCAACCUGGCCAUGCUGUACAGGUACUGCAGCAAAGUCAACAAGAAGCUCAAGUCGUUCACCAUGUCCAGAAAGAAGCUGGUCCACUACACCACCUACGACCAGAAGAAGAGGGCCAACGCGGCGGUCCUCGUCGGCGCCUACGCCGUCAUCUAUCUGAAACGGAGCCCCGAAGAAGCGUAUCGGACUUUAAUCUCAGGGAACAACUCGGGCUACCUGCCUUUCAGAGAUGCAGCCGUAGGAGAGUGCUCCUUGAACCUCACCGUCCUGGACUGCUUACAGGGAAUCCGCAAGGCCAUGCAGCACGGCUUCCUGGACUUUGAAAACUUCAGCGUGGAGGAAUACGAACACUACGAGCGUGUUGAGAACGGAGACAUGAACUGGAUCGUCCCGGGGAAGAUCCUGGCCUUCAGCAGCCCCCACUCCCACAGCAAGAUCGAGAACGGCUACCCCCUCCACGCCCCCGAGGCCUACUUCGCCUACUUCGAGGAGACGGGCGUGGCGGCCGUGGUGCGCCUGAACCGCAAGCUGUACGACAGCCGGCGCUUCGAGGAGGCGGGCUUCGAGCACCACGACCUCUUCUUCCUGGACGGGACGGCGCCGUCCGACCUCAUCGUGCGCCGCUUCCUGCACGUGUGUGAGAGCACGGACGGAGCGGUGGCCGUGCACUGCAAAGCCGGCCUGGGCCGGACGGGCACGCUGAUCGGCUGCUACCUGAUGAAGCACUUCCGGUUCACCGCCGCCGAGGCCAUCGCCUGGAUCCGGAUCUGCAGACCCGGCUCCGUCAUCGGGCCCCAGCAGGACUUCUUAGUGGAGAAGCAGCACAGCCUGUGGAUCCAGGGCGACGUGCAUCGCUCCAAACAGAAGCUGCUCCAGCAGAGGCUGACUCGACGGCAGCAGCUUCAGCAGCAGAAGCAGCCCCACGGCGCCGAGUCCGAGGCGGGACAGCAGGAAGCCAUGUCCCAUCUGCUCUCCAGCAUGGACGACCUGUCCAUCAACACCACGCUCUGCAAAUCCUACAGCCUGGAUGAGAAUAACUGUAAGGGCAGCAGCCUGACGCAGGGAGACAAGCUGAGAGCCCUGAAGGGAAAGAGGCCGCCAAGAUCAGCGUCCUCCUCCUCCAGGUUAAGCUUAUCCAAGAACACAAGCAGCCUCAUCCUCCCUCCUUCAAAGUCCACUAAAGUCCCCGUCCUGCUCCAGUCCUCCAAGAAGCUGGUCCACAGCUCGUCCUCCUCACAGAUCAAGAGCCCCUUCAGCCUCAGUCUGUUCAGCACCAGACCGGCGAUUCUCCAGUGAAGAAUUGCUGCGUGGCGGUUCGCCUGCACCCAGAGACGGACUCAAACUGUGACUGGUCUGUCCUCCUUGGCCAUAUUCUGAAGGGAAGGUGCUGCUUCUGCUGCUCUAUUCGUGGCUUGAACUUGGAGGGAAGCGAGUGAGCGUAAAUAAUGGAGUGAAGGAUCAGUUGAGUACUGAGUGGACACUUUGCUGUUGAUGGCAGCGGCUGUUUUAUCCACUCUGCAAUAUAUUUAUCACCUUUAUUAGCUGUUUGAAAACCAGCUGAAUCGUCAUGAAAGACAAGUUCAGAGUUAACUUUAUUUUUUUACUGUCCUGUUCUCUGUAAUAAUAAUAAUAAUAAUAAUAAUAAUAAUAAUAAUAAUAAUAAAGUUCAUUAAUUAUAGAGCACAACUCUUCUUAGAAGCCACGCAUAGCCCAGUGGAGCAGUAAGUCACUGAUGUAAAAACCAAUAAAUCUCAAAACCUCCACAUGUUUCCUUCACUUUUAGUGCAAAA